AUCAUGUUGGGUCGGUAUAUCAGAUUCGCGAAAGUACCAAGUACACGGUAGAGCCAGGUAGAGCUUAUUCAUCUUUCAUCACAUUCAUAUUUGUGUGGUACUGACAAACCGGAAUACGUAAUCUAUCUCUAGUCAACAGUAUUGUUGCUCUGCUAAAAAGUUUGCAACAAAAAUUGGUUGAUUUUGCUCUUGCGUGUUACUGGAAUAGGUGGCGUAACAGCUCUUGUGAUUUAAAAAUCAAUCAUAUGUGGGAAAACUGUCAAAAAAAUGUUCAGUAACGUGCCAAGAAAGUUUUUGAAGAACUCGGACUCCGCCGAAGUUGAUGUUCGUGAAGAUGAAGAGCAGGCAAUUAAGUUUCAAGAAAUUAUUGAUCUUUUGGUUGCUGCUGGAUAUUUUAGAGCCAGAAUAAAAGGCCUGUCAAAUUUUGACAAGGUUAUUGGUGGGAUGACUUGGUGUAUCGAAUCAUGUAACUUUGAUGUCGAUGUAGAUUUAUUAUUUCGUGAGAAUCUGACAAUUGGUCAGAAAAUUUCCCUGACUGAAAAAAUUGUUGUCAUGUUACCAAAAAUGAAUUGUCCACAUAGAAUUGAACCUCACCAAAUACAAGGUUUAGAUUGUAUCCAUAUAUUUCCAAUUAUUCAAUGGCUAGUCAAACGCUCAAUGGAAAAGAGGGAAGAAACAGGUGACUUAGUCAGAUCAUUUGCGAUCAGUCAGUUUGACAAGAAUUAUUCCUUUUUGGAAGAUCAUGAUAAAGUCAUUGAGAAGAAAACCAUCAUUCCCUACAUUAAAUCAGCUAAGAAAGCAUUUGAACCACGACGUUGUUUUAAACGGAAAGAUCCUCCUUUGAGUGAUGAAAUUGAUCAAGUUCGAAGUACUCUUUUGGAAUAUGGUUCAUUGGCGAUUACAUCAGUACUAUCAAAAACAAGCACAUUGCAGGGUGUAUCUAAUUCCAAUGCAAAAGAACAAGAGGAGAAUAGUGAUGACUUAAUGAAAAGUAUGUCCAUUGCUGAUGAUAAUAUAAGUCGUCUAAGUGCCAGUGCAGUUGGAAGCAUUGUAGGUAUGCAGGCACAAGAAAUUGCUGAAGUUACUAAGCAAUAUGCUUCCUUAAAUGUAGGAGCUGAAGAAAAUUCUAUGUCAACGUUGAUUGGUGCAAUUGCUGCGCUGGACAAGCAAAAAACAAAUCUAAAAAGCAGAGAACAGAAGUUGAAAAAGGAAAAAGAUGCCUUAUUGGAGAAGGUAUCCGAAACAAUUGAGAGACUGAAUAAAGUUCGCACAGAGGAACGUAGUGUACAAGAUGCAUUCCAAGCAAUGAAAGAUAUGGAAACUGAUGAGAAUAGAAGUAUUAUACAAAAUUUGGAACAGCUUCUCCUGGUGCAUGAUAAUAUGAAAGAUCAGGAACAUAAAUUUCGCGAACAAUGCAAAGCAGACUUGAAUGUAUUUCAAGAAAUGGUCUCACAGGUUGAGAGUAGUGAAUUACGCGAAGAAGAAAUGCAUACAGUGGAAUAUGAGGAGCAAAAAGAAAUUGUCAAUAAGUUGCGAUUACAAUUAGCUAAAAAAAAUCGUGCAAUAGCAUCAUUAACGAGGCAACUUGAUGAUGUCCCAGGUCGUUCUGAAUUAAACCAAUAUCAACGACGUUUUUUGGAACUAUAUAAUCAAGUUUCAGCGAAACAUAAGGAAACUAAGCAAUAUUAUACCUUGUACAAUACACUGGACGAUACAAAAUUGUAUCUGAGCAAGGAAUUGACUUUGUUAAAUUCCAUACAAGAUAAUUACAACGAAGCUAUGUCAUCGACAAGUGGCAAGGAACAAUUUUUAAAGCAGUUCGAAGCUAUUGUCGCAGGUGUGGAUAAGAACAAAGCAAAGGUGGAAAGAAGAUGCGCCGAUGAAAAGAUCAGAAGGGAUGCUCUGAGUCAACAGCUCGUUACAUUAAUAGAACAACAACGCCGUUACGUUGUUGCAGUUCAACAAUUAACAACUGAGUGUCGCAAAAACGAAGCGUUAUUAGCUCAACUUCGUGGACCAUGAAUAUAUAUACUGGAGACGU